UCUUUAUCCUCAAAGGAGGAAGAAGCAACAAAAAUGGCGUUUUUGGGUGUAACCAAGCUGCCAUUGAUGCCUCUGAUUUCUUUGAAUUCGAACAGGUUUUCAAAGCCCAUCCAUUGCACUUCUCUUCAACAACAGGGUAUAAAGGUUGAUGGGGGCAUUGAAUGUGAACCUUGUGAUGGGAGAGGAUGGUUGAUUUGUGAUUUUUGUAAAGGGCAAAAGACUAAUGUGAAAUCUGAAAACAAUCGUAUCUAUCGUAGAUGUCCAUCUUGUAGAGCUGUUGGGUAUGUGUUGUGUUCCAAGUGCAAAGUUUUCAAAUGUGUUACUUUCCCUGAUCAAAGUGAUGGCGAAAACUGAAACUUUUUGGGAUCAAUGUUGUUCUUCCAUUGUCUUACCUAUCAAGAUGAUUAAAAAGACUCAAUUGGUUGGUUUAGCAUGUUAGAUGCAUGUCUUGUUAAGAACUGUUCAUUUAUAAUGUUUACAACUUGACCCAUUAAUGAUAGGAAAAAAUGGAUCCAUAUGCAAUCGAUUCUAAACCCGAAACUCUUAUUUUGUUA